GACAGAAGUCAGCGGCUUCCAUCGUGAUGGUGUUGGGGGCAAAUGCAGAAUUUGGGAAUCCCACCAUUCCUCCCCGCUGGCCCCGCCACCGCCCCUUUCCAUUCGCGGAAAACCUCCUCUCCUCCUCCUCCUCCUCCUCCGUCUCCGCCCGCCACCAAUAAAUCCCCCAAUCCCGCGCGCCCCCGCCGCCCCCGCCGCCGCGGAACCCUAACCCUAGCUCUCCCCGCCGCCGCGAUGGUGGGCGGCGGCGCCGGCGCAGACGCCGGCAUCGACCGGGUGCUGUGGACGGAGGCCGAGAUCGCCGCCCGGGUGUCGGAGGUGGCCGCCGAGCUCGCCGCCGACCUCCGCGCCCUGCGCGAGCCCGCCGUCGUCGUCGGCGUCGCCACGGGGGCGUUCCUCUUCCUCGCCGACCUGGUCCGCCGCGUCGACGCGCCGCUCGCCGUGGACCUCGUGCGCGCCGAGUCGUACGGCGACGGCACCGAGUCCAGCGGCCGGCCGCGGAUCACCUCCGACCUCAAAGUCGACGUCGCCGGGAAGCACGUCGUGGUGGUGGAAGAUAUUGUGGACACUGGGAAUACUGUUUCCUGUCUUAUUGCUUAUUUAGAAAAGAAAGGAGCAUCAUCCAUAUCAGUCUGCACUUUUCUUGACAAACCGGCAAGGAGAACUGCUAAUUUUCAGCUAGUGGGGGAUGGAAAAUUUUAUAGAGGUUUUGAGUGCCCAGAUUCCUUUGUUGUUGGAUAUGGCAUGGAUUAUGCUGAACUCUACCGCAACCUGCCUUAUGUUGGAGUUCUUAAGGCCGAGAUGUACAAAAAAGAUACAAGCAAUUAGAAAAGGAGUACUUGCAACAUGUUGAAGAGAUAAAAAAGUUAGAAAGGAAUACACAUAUUCCAUUUUUGAAAUCUGUAGGCAAAUCUUACGUAAUUUUGUACAAGCAAGAAGCUUAAAGCUUGGCUACUCUUACUUUUUCUCUAUCAAAAGCUCAGGAGAAACUGUCCUGUUUCAACAGCACUCCGUCACCAAACUGCAACCACGGAACAAAACAAUGUGGUUGUAUAACAUGUUAGAUAUUUGAUUUAUAGACAGCGAUCAAAUUGAUUUGGUUGUAACUUGCAUCUUAAAGGAAAACUUUUGUGGCUGUCUUCAUCACUUGUAAUACCAACAUCAUUCUAGUUUGGUGGUCC